AUGAAUUUGAUUCCACACGAUCCGUCAGUUAAUUUUACAGGAAACCAAAUUUCAGCUUCAGAUGUCGGAUGGUUUUUUGUACAUAACUAUUACGCAACUCUUACAACUAGACCGUGCGAUCUUUACUUGUAUUAUGGACGUAAUAGCAGAUUUACCCGAGGUGUUCAAGGAAGUGACUGUGUAUCGCAAGUGGUUGGGCAACAAGCCAUAAAACAACUAUUUUCACAACUUCAUUUAGAAAAUAGUCGCGCAGACAUAUCCUCCGUUGACACACAACCUUCUUCACACAGAGGAUUGUUCGUUCAAGUGAUUGGGUCGAUCUAUAACUAUAAUUCUCAGGAAUAUAAGACUAUUGCCGCUGUUGACAGUAAUCCUGAAGAUGCAACGAUAGGUGAUUCUUCACCUGACAGCAUUUCCAGCAAAAAUAAGAAAAAUCAUUUUGUCCAAACAUUUUUUCUUGUUCCUUGGGAAAAUGGGUUUUAUGUGUUGAAUAGCGUUUUAAGAUUUUUAAAUUGA